UACACCGUGAGGCCCAAAGAGCGAGAGGGGCGAGAGAUAUCUUCGAUGGCGGUGACAAGCGUCCGCAAGAAGAGGCAGCCACCGAAGCAGAGAAGAAAGCACUCCUCAACUCCCAUUUCACGGGUUUCCCCUUCCCUCCCUCCCGCCUUUUGCCUCCUCCUCUCCUCCUUCUUCACAAGAUCCUACCUUUCCCUUUCUACCAUCCCUUCUAUCUCUUCUUCCCUUUUAAAGCCCUCCGGAGGUAGAGGAAGAGGAGGAGGAGGAGCCCAGUGAGGAGAUCCUCGGAAUGGAGUCCGGUUCCACCGGGGAGGGGCACAUCAAGGGCGUCCCGACGCACGGCGGCCGCUACGUGCAGUACAAUGUGUUCGGGAACCUCUUCGAGGUCACCGCCAAGUACGUUCCCCCGCUCCGCUCCAUCGGCCGCGGCGCCUGCGGCAUCAUCUGUGCUGCAGUGAAUUCUCAGACCCAUGAAGAGGUUGCAAUAAAGAAGAUUAGCAAUGCAUUUGAUAACAGAAUUGAUGCCAAAAGAACCUUAAGGGAAAUAAAGCUUCUUCGUCAUAUGAACCAUGAGAAUGUUAUUGCAAUAAAGGACAUCGUACGCCCUCCAAACAGGGAAAAUUUCAAUGAUGUAUACAUUGUUUACGAGUUAAUGGAUACUGAUCUUCAUCAGAUAAUACGCUCCAGCAAACCAUUGACUGACAACCAUUGUCAGUUCUUUCUUUAUCAAUUACUUCGAGGCCUGAAAUAUGUGCACUCAGCGAAUGUCUUGCAUCGUGAUCUGAAGCCUAGCAAUUUGCUUAUAAAUGCAAAUUGUGACCUUAAGAUUGGAGAUUUUGGAUUGGCAAGGACAACUUCUGAGACGGAUUUCAUGACUGAGUAUGUUGUCACACGAUGGUACCGAGCACCUGAACUGCUGCUGAACUGUUCAGAGUACACUGCUGCUAUUGACAUCUGGUCGGUUGGGUGCAUAUUUGGUGAAAUUGUGACUAGAGAACCUUUAUUUCCUGGAAAAGACUAUGUCCAUCAGUUAAGGCUGAUAACCGAGCUAAUAGGUUCACCUGAUGAUUCGAGCCUUGGAUUUCUUCGAAGUGACAAUGCCCGACGAUAUGUGAGACAAUUCCCUCAAUACCCAAAGCAACAGUUGCAUGCUAAGUUUCCCACCAUGUCCAAUGGAGCCAUUGAUUUGCUAGAGAAAAUGCUUGUAUUUGAUCCAAGCAAGCGAAUUACAGUUGACGAAGCUCUGCACCAUCCAUACUUAGCGUCGCUUCAUGACAUUAAUGAUGAACCUGUUUGCCCAACUCCAUUCAGUUUUGAUUUUGAACAUCCAUCAAAUACUGAGGAAGAUAUUAAAGAACUUAUUUGGAGAGAAUCAUUGAAGUUCAAUCCAGAUCCAGUGCGCUAGGAUUUUUCUGUAUGUUCUAUAUUUGCCGUCGGCAUUUGUACUUGGAACCAAUCUUUGAAAUGAAGCCUGCUAAACCAGUGAAGUCUAAUCAUUGGGCAACUCGUUGGACUUCUGCAAAUUGAUUCAUGGCUUGAGGAAAUAUGAUAACUUGGAUAGCCUGAAUCCAAAAAAGUGCUUUAAUUGCCUACUCGGAAAUGUAUUCUUUGAGAAGCUUGUGCUGUUUGCAUGGGAGAUUAUUUCAUGUGCUAUCUUCCUUUGUCAACUACUUGGAAGCAGUUGUUAUUAGAUCUUUCUCCCCGAAUCUUCUUUGAAAAUAUAACUGUUUAUGUUAAAAUAUUAGUAUGAAACUAAUAUAUGUCUUAGCUUUUGUA